AUGGCGAAGGGCAUGAAGGCUAAAUUUGAUAAGUAUUGGGAAAACUAUAGCAUGAUUCUUUCCAUGGCUGUCAUUUUAGAUCCUCGCUUAAAACUUCAAUAUGUGAAGUUAUGUUUUGUGCAAUUAGAUGGUAGAAGUGCUGAAUAUAAGACUGAGAAAGUGAAAGAAAGUCUCUUCAAGCUAUGUGAAGAGUAUUCACAAGUUGAUAUUUCUCCCCUUGGUUGUACUAGAGUUGGAAGCGGGAAUGCAAGUCUUGCUGCGUUUUCAUCUUAUGAGAAUUCUUCUUCUCAAGGUAGAACACAACUAGAUGACUACUUAGGUGAGCAUAAAUUGGAUCCUUUGUCGGAUUUGGAUGUUCUUGGUUGGUGGAAGGAUAAUGCUAAAAGGUUUCCACAAGUUGCAAGUAUGGCAAGAGAUUUGUUAAGUAUUCCAAUUACUACUGUUGCUUCCGAGUCGAGUUUUAGCUUGGGAAGUAGGAUACUAACAAAAUGGAGAGCUUCCGGAGAGUGCCGAGACUUUGAUAACAAUUCUCUUGAAGACGGUGUUGAAAUUCCGAUUUUGCGGGAUCCAAACAAAGAACCUCAAGUUAUCGGCGUAGAAGAAAGCGGAGUUGAAAUUCUUGAAGAUGAUGAUUUUUAG